AUGAAUUCUGACGGGGUCUUCUCGCCUUUCUUGACUAUUUCUCAAGACAAACAUUUGAACCAUAUUACUAGUUGUGCCGGAUUUGAUAUGUCCCUUGGGACAGCAUCUUGUCACUGCAAAAGGAAAAGUACUUACAAUCACAAUAGUGAUGCAGAUGAGCUUUCUUCCAAUGGUCAAUCGAUUUGUUCUAAUUUCAGCAACAUGGGCCCUUCCAUCACCUGGUCUAGUAGCUCAUCCUCUGAUGAGGGUAGCUGCGAUGACCCUAAUGAUGAUUUCGACAUAGCCCCUGCCCCAGCUAAGCGUGUUCGUACAUCUCGGGCUUCGCACACAUAG